AUGGACAGCCAGCCUUGCGGAUUGACGCACCGCGAGCGUCUCGUCUGGCUGCAGAAGCGCCGCACCUCAGGCCUUUGGGCCCAGUGCGACAGCUGCAACCGCUGGCGUUACCUGCCCCAAGUCGUCGACCGCUACGAGCUACCAUUGAAAUGGCACUGCAGAAUGAACCCAGACACGAAUUUAGCUGAUUGCUCCAGUCCAGAAGUUCCCAUAGAUUUGCGCGACGAAGAAGAUUUAAUACAUAGUAGGUUUACCGCCGGUUCCAUUGUUUGGGCAAGGCUACCCGGCUGGCCGUGGUGGCCCGCUAUGGUGGACGACUGUCCCGACACCGAACAGUUCUACUGGCUCGACGGGUUCACCGACAUACCAGUAAGUUUAAUUGAUCUAUUGAUAACUGUA